AUGGCGGAGGGGGCAGCUAAGAGACACGCCUCCCCUACCCAAGCCAUAUCUCCACCCCCAUUGCGCCGAAAGGUUACCUCGACGGCGACUAAGAACUCCGCGGCAAACUUCUUCACCCCUGUCUCGCAGAAGCAGCCCGCACCGAUCACAUGGCGUGUCAUCGGCACAAGUGUUAUCAUCGGAAAACAGAUAACGGGCAAUGCGGUGCCUUUUACUAAGAAACCGCGCCGAAUUGCUGGCUUUGACCUGGAUUCGACAUUAAUCAAGACUAAAUCAGGCAAUGUGUUCCCCAAAUCUGCAACUGACUGGCAAUGGUGGAACGCCAAAGUCCCGACCCGAUUGAGGGAGCUCAAUGCUGAAGGCUUCCAAGUCGUAAUCUUCUCCAACCAAAAGAAUAUCAGCACGCAGAAGGAUAUCAAGGGCGGACGGAGUAAAUCGAAAAGCAUGUCGAACUUCACAGACAAGAUGGAAGCCGUCAUGACAGAACUUGAUUUCCCCAUCAGCGUCUAUGCGGCCACCACAGACCCCAAAUACAGGAAACCGCGUCUGGGAAUGUGGCACGAGUUCCUGGAUGACUACGAUCUCGAUGUGACGGGUGUUGACUUGCCUGCGUCCUUCUUUGUCGGUGAUGCGGCUGGACGGCCAGGUGAUCAUUCAGCGGUGGAUCGGAGACUUGCUAUCAACAUGGGUGUGCCAUUCAAAACUCCCGAGGAAUUUUUCCUCGGGCAGACCACUGAGACGCCGGCGAUGGGCUUCGACCCUAUGUCCUUUGUCAAGUCGGAUCUUGGAGAGCCCGCGAAACCCUUCACCCGCAAGCACCCGCUUGAACUUGUUAUCUUCUGCGGUAGCCCAGGCGCCGGGAAAUCCACUUUCUACUGGAACCACCUGGAGCCUCUAGGCUACGAACGGGUCAACCAGGAUCUUCUCAAGACGCGUCCAAAAUGCCUCAAGGUUGCCCGUGAGCAUCUAGAAGCCAAGAAGUCCGUGGCAGUGGAUAACACCAACGCGGACCCAGAAACACGAGCCCACUGGACCUCCCUCGCAAAGGAAUUCAACGUCCCCAUCCGCUGCGUACAGUUCAUCUCAACACCAGAGCUAUGCAAGCACAACAACGCCGUCCGAGCAUCAAACAAAGAACUGGUAUGUACUAGCACGCCCAUCCCCACCCGAACGCCAUCCCAUUCUCAUCGCAACCAGAACCCCGAAUCCCGAAUCUCGCUCCCCGGCAUCGCCUUCGGCGAUUUCGGCCGCCGCUUCCGCGCUCCCACGCUGGACGAGGGCUUUGACGAUAUCAUCCCGGUUGAAUUCCAGUUCCGCGGCAGCGAAGAAGCGAAGGGUCUUUGGGGACAGUACUGGGUUUGA